AUGUUCUCACGUUUAACUGGUGUCUCUUUGAGACAGGGUCUUACGGUACAGAAAAGACUAUUCUCUUAUGCCAGGCCAUUGUUUAACAGCUCGGGGUCUGAGAGGACCGGUUCUGGUUCAAGGCAGUACAAUGAUGGCGCCCGUGCUGGUGCAGAAUAUGGUUACACAGGGACUAGAAUUGUGCCUAAGUUGUCUACUUUUUACUCCGCCAACCCACAUCACGAAGCUCAUAUCGAUAACUUAGAAGCGUUGUUGAGGAAAUAUAUCAAAUAUCCUACCGUCCAAGUGGAAGAAAGGCCUUCCUGGUUGAGUUUGCAAGAGUACGCUCUAAUAGGUGGUGGGUCCCGUUUGAAAUCUACCCAGUAUAAGCAGCUUUUGUUCAUGUUGAACCGUUUGAAUUCUAUUGAUCCACAGUUGGUUACCGAUGAGAUUUCGAACACUUUAGCGAAAUACCAUAAGAAGACGAAGUUGCAACCUCAAAGAGAUACUUUGAAGCAAUUAGACGAGUUUGGUAGAAGUUUGGCCAUCGGAAGAAGAAAGACCUCUACUGCCAAGGUAUAUGUGGUUCGUGGUGAAGGUAAGAUCUUAGUUAACGACCGUCAAUUAAACGAUUACUUCGUUAAAAUGAAGGACAGAGAAUCCGUAAUGUAUCCAUUAAAAGCCAUUGACAGUGUUGGCAAAUAUAACGUCUUUGCAAUGGUUUCCGGAGGUGGUAUUACGGGGCAAGCCGAUGCCUUGAUGCAUGCAAUCGGUAAGGCAUUGGUUGCUUUCAACCCACUAUUGAAAACUAGAUUGCAUAGAUCCGGUGUCUUGACAAGAGAUUACAGACACGUCGAAAGAAAGAAGCCUGGUAAGAGAAAGGCAAGAAAGAUGCCUACCUGGGUUAAGCGUUGA